AUGCCUCCCAAAGCCCAGAAUUCAACUAACAAGGUCAAGUCUAUAUGGAGUCGGUUACGGCGGAAAUCACCUCCAGCGAAAAGUUCGGAUACGAAGAGCUCGGGUGUGCAAAAAGUGGCAGCUACUGAAGCCUCAGAAAUGGGAAGGACAAGAGACAUGUCAACGCCCACGACUUCGGUUAGAGGAGAAGAGUCUACCUCCUCGCCUGAACGCGACGAUUCUCGAGUCGUGGAGCUCGCCCCAUCUCAGACCUCGGAGCAGGAACACAAGAAACAGGAGAAAUCUACCAACACGAAUCCACCCACCAAACCGCCACUAGUGCAAUCUAUUUCAGGUUCACGACAGAUUGAACAUGUCGGCGUCCUAAAGCAAAAGUUUUACAAAUGA